GGUUCUGAUUGGCAACUGGGAUCCUGGAACCCGGCAGAGAGUUGGUAUUUGAACACUUCUCCAUCCCUGUAUCCCAUUUGGAAGGAUCGAAUACCAAUGCCUUCCCCUGGUGGCCAAUUUAAGGUUUUCAUCAAGAACACGGUGGGCAACUAUGUUUGGGAACCUUUGCCCUGCAAUCGUACCUGGCCGCGGCAUGGGCUGACACCUGAUACAGAAGUCAAGCUCACGUAUGGUGAAAGUGGUAUCACGACUGUAUCAUUGGGUCGUGCAAAGGAAAGCAACAAGAUGGAGGCAGAUGAUGGUCCAGGGAGCGGCACAUCUGCUCCAGCGAGCCGCGGUACUUCAGCACCUGUGAGCCGCGGUACGUCAGGGAGCCCGAAGAAAUCCAAGGGCUAUGUGAAAAGCACACAGGUCCGGAGCUGACAACAUCCCCCAAACUUGGGAUGCAAUCCGUGGAAAGGAAGCAUAAGGAGAGGAUUCAGUGUGGACCAAAGAUUGACAAUUUCUGAAGUCAGA